GAGGGCUCGGUUUGGGGAGGGCCUCCCACCCCCGAAGGGCUGCUUCAGCUCAGGGGUGCUGUGGGGACCCCAUCGAACGGCUGCGUGUGUGUGGGGGGUGAUGGGACUGCCCCGAAGGUCUGUGUGUGGGGCAACAGGAUGCCCCCCCCCCCCCCCCCCUCCCCCCACCGAGGGGCUGCGGAUGAAGUGAGGGAGUGCCCUCAAUAGGCUUUGUAUGAGAUCUCCGGCUGCAGCCAUGAUGCCCGUGGCCACCGUGAUGCCCGACGACACGCCCAUGUUUGACCCCAGAAUCCUGCAGGAACUUGACUGGAGCGAGAACACCACGACCUUUUCUCCUGCUAUUUCUCCGCUGGAUCCAGGGGAUGGGCUGGUCCUGAGACCACUUUGCACAGCUGAUUUAAAUCGAGGCUUUUUUAAGGUUCUGGGUCAGCUGACGGAAACUGGAGUUGCGAGCCCGGAGCAGUUCAUCAAAACCUUUGAGCACAUGAAGAGGUCUGGAGAUUACUACGUUACCGUGGUGGAGGACACAAACCUGGGGCAGAUCGUUGCCACGGCAACGCUGGUUAUAGAACAUAAAUUCACUCACUCCUGUGCCAAGAGAGGCAGGAUAGAAGAUGUGGUGGUCAGCGGGGAGUGCAGAGGGAAGCAGCUUGGAAAACUAUUAACGUCCACCCUCACCUUGCUAAGUAAGAGACUGAACUGUUACAAAAUCACGCUCGAGUGUCUGCCCAAAAAUGUGGAUUUCUACAAGAAGUUUGGCUAUUUGGUAUCUGAAGAAAACUACAUGUUUCAACGGUUCUUUAAUUAACAACUUCUAGGUGUUUUUGGGUUUUUUGGGUUUUUUUUUUCGGAAAGACUGUUGGUGGAGGAGCUUGUGCUACAAACAUUCUCUCCGUGGAAAAUUUAUAUAGUUUAUUGCUGCAAAUAUAACAGUCCCUAUAAGUAAUGAA